CUCGGAUGUAAACAAACGGGAGGAGCCUUCGGUGUAAGAUGAUACCGGGCGCUCUCCUUCAUUUCUCCCUUUUCUUCUUCUUCCGUUGGUGAGAGAGAUGGACAAGGCUUCCAAGGCGAUCCGCAGGUCAGGCGUGCGCCUGAAGAGCAUGUCUGGCGGGCAUGGGGCGCUGCAGAUGGUGAUCUCACAGCUGGGUGAGGUCCGGUCUUCACUCAAGGCAUUCACUCAAGCACAAGCAACAGCCUCUGAAGACACAAUGCGAUGGGCAGCAGCACAUGAGAACAGGGCCAUUGCCGAAACAUUCAGCCACCUUGCCGAGCUGUCUCUGGUGUGGACGGAUGUGCAGAGGGAUUUUACAGAACGCCUGAAGGAGUACCGAUCCCAGUACGAGCUCAUCCUGGAAGGGGAGAAGCAUGUAACACUCGCCAGAGAGACCUUGGCCAGCCGGGAACAGCGAGAGGCCAAACUUCGCAAGGAACUGAAGAAGGCAGGCAAGAAGGCUCCAGCAGAGGAAAUUCGGCUGUUGAGAGAAAAGCUGAGUCAGGCUGAGAGAUCAAGGGAUCUUUCACAUCUGGAAGUGGUGGAGCGUGUGGCAGAGAAUGAGGCAGUGAAGAUGAUCCGGGUGAAGGAGGGUUUGCUCAAGGUAGGAGCAGCAUACUGUGAACUCGCACAAAAAUGUCUAAUGAUCUUCACUGCACAUAUGAAUGUUGCAUCAGAGUUGCCAGAUGUGCAUGACCGAGAUCUCCAUGAUGUUAAAUAUACAGGUGCAGGAGCUGCCAAAAAGUUUGUUCAGCAAGCCAAAGAACAGGUCCGUUUAUACAGGCAGGACAGUCUCUCUCACAAACCUCCUUUGCCAGAGGACCCUCCACCUCCAUAUACCCCUUCUGUGGAACACUUGAAUGACCUUUCUGCCAUCACUAACGGAACAAAUGACUCUUCUGGAUACAAUUUGAACAAUUCGUCGCUGAACCCAUCUGCCCCUCGAGCCUCCAUUUCAUCUCUGAGUCCUCCCAAGCCGGAGCCCCGGAGCGGCGGUCAUGGCAAAAGGACCCAACCCACAGGACCAGGUGCCUCCAAUGCCAACUUUGACCCUCCCCCACACUAUCCUCCUCCAGGCCCUGUGUACCCUGACCUCCAAGACUUCCCUGCAAUUGACAUCCCUAGCUCUCCCUCCCAUAUAAAUCCUCAGCCACCCACUGCACCAGUUCAUCCCACUUCUCCACACUCGACCAGUGCUCCGAACUUGGCCAAUGAUACCCCGACACACCACGGAGUCAAGUACCCUCCCCUCAAUGUUGGUGACAACUCAAGUUAUAAUGACACUUGCUACCAACCCGACACAUCAUCAUCGAGCCCAAACCUCUCCUCCCAUCGACAUACAAGCAUGACCAGCCCAGAGAACUCUAAUCCUUUCAACCCCUACUAUGACUGGCUGCCAGACAGGAAUGGAAAGAAGAAAAGGGAAGAUGAGGAGACUCCGGGCUUCGAAACAUCUACUCCUCGAAGCACAAGUAAUGUUGAGGAGGGGCAAGAGAACCAAGAGUCCAGGCCUAAUCCUCCAUCAGUUCGGCCAAGAACAGGUAGAAACCCUUUCCUUGAAGAUUACUCUGAUGAUGAGGAUAAUAAUGACUGUGACCAGGGAGAGGAGAGUUUAUCGGGUGCCUUAAGAAAGUCAUCUAUUAGAUAAGUCUGGAGUAUAUGUCACUGGAGAAAUAGACAUACUUUAGAUAACUGAAAACAUGAACCUGAAUAGAUGAAUUAGAUUAUGAAAAAUCCAGUAGUGUCAGUAUGAAUAAAAGUGAUAGGGAAGGAAUUCCCCACUUCGUUUGUCUUUAUUUGUGAUAAACUCAUUAAUUCAGAUAAUAACUUCUUUUGGUUAUGUAUACAAUACAUUUAAACUAUCCAUUUUGUACAAGUCAAAGAACGAUAUACACAGUUGUUCUACUGCACAAUAUGAAUAUGUAUUCAGAUCUGAAAUAAUGACUUCUUAUUUGAACAAGAAGUCAUGAUAUUUACAGUGUUUAAAAGUGUCUUACAAAUAACAGAUGUACAUUGCAGUUUUAAUGUAUCUCUUGCUAUUUGUGCAUAGAAGCCAGCUAUUGCCAAGUAUCACAAUAAACAAAUUGAUGAUUGACUUUAGGAUAAGGAAAGUAAAUACAGUGGUAUGAACACAUAAUGUACAAUAAAUAGGGCAUUGGGUAUUGCCCUGUUUUUUCAACAGUGCACAAAUCUAGAGCACAAUAGGUAAUCCGUUGAGCACAUUAUUCCGUUGUAUGAUCCAGCAUUAUCUAAUCCAGAAUAAAAAGCUUUUAAAGUUGCUUUUACGGGCAUAGAUAGACAUUCACUGCCAUGUAAUUUCUAUGAUAAACAAUGCCCAGUGGCUGCUGACUCUGCUACUUAGCUAUGCAUUGAUCUCCACUCUCAGGUACAAGAUUUUGUCAUCCCUGGCAUGUCAGGUCCUGUAGCUGUAGGAAUUGACCCCCCCCCCCUCCAGGUGCUACUGUGUCUCAAGUCAUUAAUUUUGUACCUGUUGUCUAAUGACUUGCUGAUCUCUGUUUUAAUUUUCUUAAUGAAUGAUAAUUCUUUUUCUGAAUGAGAGAGGGCAGAAACAUUUGAAAAUGUGACCUGCUUCUCUUUCUCUUGUAGUGUUAGCUUUGCUGUUAUCUACAGUUGAUCCUUUUUAUCACUUCCUUUAUUUUUUUCUCUUGUAUGAGGCUUAAAAGUGAUAACCUUUAUGUAGGCAGGCAUGGUGUCUAAGUGGUUAGAGUGCUCAUCUCGUAAGGACCUCGUAAGGACCCCUAGUUAACGAGAAGGCGACUCCCCCUCAGUCAACUCAGCUGCCAAGAGAGAACAAGGUGGCUGCAUUUGGGUGUUGACCGAAGAUAGGUUUUAUACAAGUUCAGUCUUAAAUGGGCAGAGAUAGUGGUAUUAUAAAUCAUUCUGCCUUAAAUUUUGAAACUUGCUUCUAGAUCUGCAUUUUUGUUUUUUCCCUAACCUUUGUACUACUGUUAAUUUAGUUUAGUACUUGUCUUGACCUGCAAUGCCUGUUGCUAUAAGCCCAGUGAUGUGACUUAUUGAUGACUAACAAUUAAGAGAAAGGGCUUCAUAUAUAUCCUUUUUGCAUAAUUUAUCUGUGUGACCCUUGUUGGAGGGUGAGUGAUAGGAAUGUUCUUAUUUUCAGUAUUUUCUUACUGUUCCCAAACAAUGCAAUUUUUUAAAUGGAAGUAAUUGAUAUUAUGUUCUUGGUAAUAUGUUUUUUCAACAUCAGUGUAAGCUGCAAUAGUACAUACAAAAACAAGAUUAAGCAAUUGAACAUCAAAGAGGAAAAAGUAAAAUAUUGACAUUUCUCUGCUAUUUUUAUAUAUAUAUAUACAUGCAUGUAUUCAUAUUACAAAUUGUUAUGUAAUCUGUACAUGGAAAUUGUUAUGUUGGCCCUAUAUGUGUAAUUUUACUAUACAUAUGGAAUAUAUUGAAAGUUUCACUGCCGCUAACUAUGUUCAAGUGCUUUAAAAAAGAGAGAGAAAAUAUUUUAGGCUGCUAACAGAAGUGAGGUAAUUUUCCUUAACAUUUCAAUGAAGUGUGCCAAUGUCACUCAGUUAGGACUUUUAAGAGAUCUGAGUGUGGUUGCAGAAGGAGAAAUGGGCUGUGAAUUUUUUUCGUUCAUUGCUUUAGCAUCUAUUAGCAUUUUAGGAGGAAGGAGAGAAUCUCACAAAAUAGAUAUAGAUACUUCAAACUUGCAGUCUAGAUGAAGAGAUUAUAUGGUGUUUAGUGAAGUCAGGUACCGAUCACCUUGUAUUUUUCUUUCUUUCUUUUCUUGUUGUUUCUUAUUUUUUUUACAACUUUAUUCUGUUAUGUUCUGUUCCAUGUUCUCUUUUUCUACUUCAUCUUCCUCUUGUUCAAGUUCAUCUAUUCCUCCUGCCCUUUCUUUUCUCUAAUUUCUCCUCUUUCUCUUACAUUUCUAUUUUAGAUUUUCUUUUGACUUUUUUCUUGUCCUUUUAACUAUUUAUAUUUAACAUGACAAAAACUGUGUUCAGUGUAAUUGCUUUGAUAAUGUUAAACUAGUUUGAAGUAUAUUUUGUCUUUCAUUUCAUAACGUUUAGAACUGCAUGUUUAGACCUAUAUGCAUUAAGCAUUAUUAUUGAUUAUUAUUUUUAUUCUGCUGGACAGUAACAUGUAGGUAAUCUGAAUUUAGCUUUUAUUUUAAUCUUGCACUUACAUUUAAAAAUAUGUUUGUAGCAUUGUAACUUUCCUUAGUUGCCACAUUCUUGGCACUUAAUGGGAUUGUCAUAUUUUAAGGUGUCUUUGUAUAUGAGAGAACAAAAAAUGUAAAUAUUAAAACACAAUAAAAAAUGUCUUUGGCUAUGAUAGUCAUAACAAGACCAUGUUAACUAAAUAUUAAGCUUCAUUUCCUCUCUCUUUCUCUGUCAGGCUUUUUAUUACCGAAAUAAACCCAUAUGUUUAUUAUUUCACACUUAUUGUUGCAUUAUUUCUAAUGUAGUAUUAAUCAAAACACAAUGUUAACUGUAACUUUUAAUUUUGCCUUAAAACACUAACGAGAAAUGUUACUUACUGCAGCAUUAUGAAGUAAUAUUUUUAGAUGUAAGCAUUAACAUUUUUUAUUUCUAUUUAAGAAUAUGUGUGCUGUUCCUCACACACUGAAAUUCAUUUUAUACAAAAAACCUUUUGUCUUCAUUAUCAUACUAAUUAAUCCAGGUACAGAAAAUUACUGUAGUAGAGUAAUAACUCAUUUAACUCCAAUUCUUCCUUUGACCUUUUCUUCGAGGGUAUAAGUGACGUCUUCCUCUGAUUCACGUUCCUCUUCAGUGUCUUAUUAUAAAGGAUUAUCGUAUUGGUGUCCCACGUUUUGCAUGUCCCUUGAUUUCUUUUGGCUGCAUGUGUUUGUGAUGUACAAGAGAGUUGUUCCAGACGGGCACAUUUUGGCAUAAAACCGGUUGAUUAUUUUGCAAGUUUUUAAGUAAUUAGUAGUGACGAGAGGAAUGCUAUUUUUUGUUUGUUUUAGCAAGGAUAAAUAUAUGAUUUUGAAGUGAAAUAAUUACCAUUAAUGAUGUUUGUGGACAUA